AUGUUCAGCAAUGUAGGGAAGAGGAAAGAUGUCCCAGGGCAGAAGACUCGAAGAUCUAAGAAGGCACGGUUCAAGGACAUCGAGGACGGGACAUCCAGCAGGGAAGUCGCGGCGAGCGGGUCUGUAGAUGUUCAGACUCUCCACGUCUACACAUCUACGAGCAGGCGGCUUGGCCAAAGAUCUCAAAUCAAGCAAGUCGCUGUUGAUCUGGCCGAACUCGUUUUCAGAAAGCCUGAAUUGCAGGAAUCUCCGGAAGCAGCUACCUUGCUUGAUUCCGCUUACGAGGUCGACUCCACCACUCUUGCACACGAAAAUAAUCUGGACGAGUCAUCUCAAAGGAGAAGAGAACGGCCAGACUUACUUGCUGUAGUAUGUUUGCCCCUCACGCUAUUGCAUAGUGCUACAGAGACUUGGGACGGCGCGAAAUUCUCCCAAUGCUCGUUGCGGGAUAUUGGUCUUGUUGUCCAACUUGGAUAUGACCGAGACAAAAAUUGUUACUUUACACCUGAGUGGUGUCAACUCUUCCGCUUCGGAUGGUUUCCCGCUACUACACACUCCCCUGCAACCGCGUUCACUUUCGACCUUCUCGAUACAUUCCAGGAGAUCAGCUUCCAGGGGAAGACAAAUCUAUUCGAUUUCUGGAGGACUAUAGAACGUAUAACUGACAACUCAGGCGGAGUCGACGUCUCUAAUCGCUACAAGCAAUUAUCACAUGUAAUGAGAAUCUGGCGCCACCUCGUCAUGUUGAAGCGAUUCGGACGGGCGCAUGAUCCUGCCGGACCAGACGGAACCAAGCCGGGAGAGUUGGUCGUUGAAUGCCCAGCGUGCCCGCAUCCAGGUCGCAAUCUCCCCCUGAAUUGGGAUACUGCCCCUCCUGACGUCAAGCUGCACAUGCACGCAAACGCAAAGAGGUAUAGUGCUUACACUAUCUGCAUCCUGUUGUACCUGAACACUUACCUCGGGGGAGCGCAGCCGUACUCAUGCUCAGCGGAGCAUAGUGCCGUGCUCAAGGCCAAUCAACGCCGUGAGGGUUAUCUCGCAUCAGGGCUUGGCGCGGUUCUAUGCGCCCGACACGGAUUGGUCCGGAAAAAUGGGGCAGGCGAUCUCCAGCUGGGCGAAGGAUAUGCAAAUAUGGACUACCUCUACUUCUCAACACUCCUUGGCGUCAUAUUGGCGAUUCUGAUUUCAUACGACAUUGUCUGCCAAUGGUACAAGAAUUUAUUUUCACGCAUGGUCGAAGACUUCCCAGAGAUGUGGAUCGAUCAAUCUCGAUGGGACAGCAUUCGAUUUGCCAUUCCGAAGAAGCAUUGGAAAGUCCAUGAAUCCAAUCCCAGUCAUUCACGCUUCUCGCUCAAUUAUCUCCCACACGUCGGUCAGACGUACGGUGAAGGUAUCGAGUCCCACUGGUCACAUAUGAACCCGCUCUCGCUGAGUACGUGGGAAAUGAGCCCCGGGAUCACUUUCUUACGUGCUCUUGAAGAAGCCCAUGAUAUGCGCAUUAAGCAGGAUAAGGCAUUUGAAGAUUACAAUGCAACAUUCGAUGCCGAUGUCGUGCGCACAUGGGAGGUGAUGGUCGAGGCCUGGAAUGAAGACCCGGAUCAGCCGGACCCCUAUGAGGAACCAAUCAAAUCUGUAAGCACCGCAACUGUCAAGCUAGAGCUUGCACAAGAAGAGGAAAAAGAAGCGGCGCAAGGCCUGCUUCCAGAACACGAGGUUACACCGGGAGCAUUCUUACAGGUGGGGUUGGAACUCAAAGAUCAGCAACGGGCCCUCCGAUUGCGUGCAGCUUCAGGAACCAGUAUCCUGGAGUUAGCCGGGCUUCAGGAGAAAUGGAAUGUCUUGUCACGACGGAUCCAAAACUGGCAGGCCAUUCAAGACGUCCACAUGCCGAUGGUCGCCCAGUUGCGCAAUACAUGUCCUGCUCCAGCUGACGCGCAUCCUGACACCUCCCUGCCUUCGCCUCCUAAAGCCGAAGAUGUUAAACUCUGGCUUCCCUCGUCCCUCCCUCCCCACUUGGCAACUUCUGAAGUCCUGCACGGCUUGCGAGACAAGGAGCGACGCUUGCGGUUGGCACAACUCUCGGACAGUCUCGAAGAGGUCCGCCGGUCCCGACGCAUCCUCGCGGGAAUAUCAGAUUACACGCGCAAGAACAUUGCCGGCACUGGCCAGCGUGCCGUCCUUCGCAUGCGGGGACUCUACGCCCAGUUCGAGAAGAAGCAAGGUCGAAGUGUGGCGCGAUACCGGGACGCUCACAAGGCCCUUCUGAGCCUAGACCCGGAGGCAAGUUGGACCGAUACUUACAAGGUUCUACAAGAUGGCGACCUCCGUGGCCCUCGGAGCGAUGACCCAUCGGAGAGCUUCGGUCAGUACUCCGUUAGCUGGAUCUGGCUCACCCCCCGUGCAAACCCGAAUGACAGCGCCAACGCCCGAGAUACGACAAGCCCCGAACGUGCGCAAGAAUUUCAGCUAGGGCUGUCAAUAUAUGCUGAAAAGCAGGCGGCCGUCUUCGAAAACUUGGCCGCUAGGUGCGCCUCGUUUUGGGUCAAUUACCUCAAAAAACUCGGCCCGCUUCCUUCUUGGAUAGCCCAGUACAAAGACAACGGACGCAAAGUGCGUCCGAGGAAAUUCAGUUUAGCACUAGGAAAGGAUAGGAGCGAGGAGCAAGUUGCUUUGGAAGAUGACGGCGCAGAGGAUGAAAACGACGCAGAAGACUGA